UCAACUCAGGAGAGCCUUUGUUUACGUGCUGCUACAGUAUAGACACAUAAUACCAAACCAGGAUUUUGAAUGAGUUUUUCGGUUGUUGCGUCACUCCUCAGACUCCCUGUCUAUUUUUCAUUUCAACUCGUGUGUUUGUGUCCCUCUAACGAUGAAAUUGCAGCCCUCGGAGCUAGACACUGUCUUGGACACCAUUUCUAAAUCUUUUGAAAUCUGAGUGCACACAACAAAACCGCUCGCAUAUCGCCUGAUCUUAAGUUCUCCUGGGAAAGGACUUUGAGACUAAGUGAGGAGGAUGAUCCAAGGAAUGUAUUAAUAGUUCAAUAGCUGGAUUACUUUGCUGAAGCAGUAUGAGCUCCUUGUCUGACCUGCCUGACAGGAUUGAAGACUGGAGCAGAGAAGAUGUCCACCGGUGGUUGGUUGGUGUCCUUAAUGUUGAUAGCAGAUGGGCAGACAAAUUCUAUGAAGAGGAGGUCUCGGGGUUAGAACUUGUUUAUUUUCAAAAGCAAGACUUGCUGGAUUUGCAUAUAAAACAUGGGCCUGCUGUUAGAAUUAUAAACAACCUAGAGGAACUUAAAAAAGCAAAGCAACCAUCACAGGACCAGAAAUACCUUGAGGAACAUGAGAAAGCAAGUCAACCACCACAGGUGCAGAAGAACCUGAAGGAACUUCAAAAUGCAAAGGAACCAUUACAGGAACAGAAGAACCUGGAGGAACUUGAUAAAGCAAAGCAACCAUCACAGGUGCAGAAGAACCUGGGGGAACUUCAAAAUGCAAAGCAACCAUCACAGGAGCAGAAAAACCUUGAGGAACAUCAGAAAGCAAAGCAACCAUCACAGGAGCAGGAGAACCUGGAGGAACUUGAGAAAGCAAAGCAACUAUCACAGAACCUGAAGGUACUUCAAAAUGCAAAGCAACCAUCACAGGAGCAGAAUAACCUUGAGGAACAUCAGAAAGCAAAGCAACCAUCACAGAACCUGAAGGAACUUCAAAAUGCAAAGCAACCAUCAGAGAAGCAGAAGAACCUGGAGGAACUUCAAAAUGCAAAGCAACCUUCACAGGAGCAGAAUAAUCUACAGAAACAUCAAAAAGCAAAGCGACGGAAAGCAGGAAAGCAGAAGAACCAGGAGAAACUUCAAGAAGUAAAUCAACUGUCACAAGAUGAGAAUACUAAACAUAACACAUCUCAAAAGGUGGCAAACCAAAGUACACAAAACACAUCAGAAACUGUAAAUGAAUCAGCCAGUGCAAAUAAAAAAUGUGCAGAAGAAAAGAGGAAUCCAGAAGGUAACAAAACAAGUCCAGGGAUAAAAGCAGAUAUAGAGCUCAGUGAACAAAAAUCAGCUGACCUCAAACUGAAAGCAACUACAAAUGAAAACGGCAAUGACAAUAAAGAAGCAAAGGGUUUGUUGCAUGCUCAAAAGCAAUCUGAAUCUAAGGCUGAAAGUAGCCCAAAGUAUCCUCAGCAGAAAAAUACAUGUUCCUUCUACCUUUUUGACUCUCAACAUCAGACUAAAAGAUACAUACAGAAUUACAUUUUAUCUCCAGAGACAGGGCCAGGCAAUCGUAUUGAACCAGUUCAUGAGUACAAACUGCUAGGAAACGUGGAAAAUGCAUCAGAAACAGAUAUUCUUAAGAAGUUCAGUAAUGAAGUCUUUCGUUUUUCAGCAGCAUGCAUGAAUUCACGCACAAAUGGAACCAUUCAUUUUGGUGUGGGAGACAGGCCUCACUUCCACGAUGGAGAAAUUAUUGGAAUUGAUGUCAAAGACAGAAACAAAUAUGUUGAUAUCUUGAAUAAAAGUGUGCAAAACUACUUUGGAGAGAAUGCUGAAGAUGCCAAGAUGUGUAUUAGACAACCCCGAUUUGUUCAAGUUUUAUCUCCUGAUAACACUUUAUUAAACAAGUAUGUCAUAGAAGUAGAUGUUGUACCAAGUUAUUCUGUAUGCAAAGGAAAGGAGUAUUACAUCAACAUGAUGCUCCUUGAAGACAAUCGAUGGAUGAAGAGUAAGGAGAUAUAUUUGUUUGUGCGGGAUGGAGCUAGUAGCAAAGAUCUAAUGGGAAACAGGAACCAAAAAGAAAUGAAGCUUGAGCUGAAAAAGUUUAGUGACAGUAUCAAGGGUUUAGAUUCAUUGCGGAAAUCUAUGGAAAGCAAGACUUCACAAAUGAAAAGACCAAGCAAUCAAGGAGAGAAACUUAAGCACUUGAUAACAUGUGGAAAGGGAACACUUGACAACUAUAAUGAGUACAUUAUUGUCAUAAACAAGAGUCACCCCGAGCAGCUGGAACACCUCCAGUUCCUCAGUGAUUUGAAAAUAUUUACGGUACUUGAAUUUGACCCAGACUCUGCAGUCAAUGGUGUCUGCAACUUUUACAGGAAGUCCAGAAUUGCAAACCUGCAUUCCCCUGCAGAUUUCAAGAGCACUGAAUCAGAAUCUACAAAAAUUGUGAAACUGAAUUUGUAUAAGCAGACAAGUUGGUUAUUUUGUAAUGGGAGAGGAGAUCUUGAAAGUGAAACAGACAGACCCCUCAGACCUGGAGAAUGGUUAACACAGAGAGCCAAAGAUGUCCAAGAUGCAAUUUUGUUUCUGUGUAACCCUGAUGUGCUGCAAAUAGGAAGAUACCAAGUAGUGUUCCUUUUGCUUUCUGCAGUGGAGUCCAUGACUGACCCUGUUCUUGAAACAUUCUUAACAUUCUACAAAAAUUUAGGAGGAGCUCAAAACAUUUUGUGCAUCUGUGAAUCUGAAAACACAUUCCUACAAUGGAAAGACUUUGUUCAAACAAGAUGUGACACUGAUAUUACUAGGCACUGUAUAUAUGAGUUAAACUUAAGUGAAAUCAAUGGAACAAUAAGCAAACUCAGACCACUAAAUGAAACAUCUUGCAGAUUUUUGCCUUCUUCAGGAUCAAGUUCAGUAGUUUUUGAAAAGAAGGUUGAAGAUCUCAUGACAGCUUUAGCAGUUCUGUGUGAAAAUGAAUGUGAAAACACAGACAUUGAAAAGAGUGAGGAGUUCAAGAGCUUUAGAAGUAAAAUAGAGGAAGAUUUCUACAGAGGAGGCAAAGUAACUUGGUGGAACUUUUACUUUUCCGAAAAACCACAUUCUUUGCCUUUUAUCAAAAGAGACAAGUUUGAAGCCCUGAAAAAUAAUCUAACCUCUUUGGCCAGUUCUUCUACAAGUAUGUGUGUGAUUCAGAAUUUGUUUCAUCACCCAGGAUGUGGGGGAUCCACUUUAGCUAUGCAUGUGCUGUGGAGUUUGAGAAAAGAAUUCAGAUGUGCUGUGUUAAAAAAUAAAACAGUUCCAAACAUAGAAGUCGCUAGCCAGGUCAAGCACUUGCUGAUGCUUAGGAAGAGUAAAGGAUCUAACUAUACACCUGUGCUUCUUUUAAUAGAUGAUUCAGAAGGAACAGAAGACGCUCAAGAUUUGCAGAAAUGCAUUAGAAAAGCAAUUGAUGAGGUGUCAGCUGAACAGGAAAGGCCAUCAGUAAUCCUUUUAAACUGUGUGAGAUCGCAAGAUCCAAGAGAAAGCUGCAGUGGCAGUGUCAAUGAAAGUAUAUAUAUAUCCAAUUCACUUUCUCAAAGAGAGCAAGAGUUCUUUGAGAUGAAACUAGGUGAACUUGCAGAAAAUCAUGAAAAACCUGAAACAUUCUAUGCCUUUAUGAUUCUGAAGGCCAACUUUAGCAUUGAAUACAUUGAAAAUGUGGUCAGCAACACUCUGAAGGACCUGGAUAUCUCAAGCAAACAAGCACAACUCAUUUCAUUCUUAGCUUUGCUUAAUGCUUAUGAUAAUGACUCCUCAAUAUCUGUGUCCUUCUGUGAAGAUUUUUUAGGAAUAAAAAAUACACUGCGGGGAAAGGUAGCAUUAGAAGACAGAAUGGCUCCUUAUUCAACUCUGUUAAUUCUUUUUCGUGUUGAGGAGCAUGGCACGUACCAGGCUGUGAAAAUUCUACAUCAUAUGAUUGCCACUCAGUGCCUCGAGCAGCUAACCAAAAAAUACAAUGUGAAGAAAAGUGAAAUCAUCACAAACUUUCUUCACUGUGAUUUGUUUUUUAAAACUGGAAUGGGAAAAGACAACCUUGCGCAAAGUGUCAAAAGCAUUUUAAUCACAAGGCAACGCAGGACAGAGAGCGAUGACAAACACACAAGGUUUUCUCCUUUAAUUGAGAAAAUGAAAGACGAAGAAGGAACAGACCAAAUUAGCGAGGUUUUGGUGAAAGCAGCACACAGGUUUGAUAAAAGUUACGCGAUCCCACAAGCAAUGGCAAGACACCUGUACCUGAACAAGAAGGACUUUGAAUCAGCCUUACACUGGGCAAAAAUUGCCCGAACUAAAAAGGAAAGUUCCUAUAUCGUUGACACCAUAGGACAAGUCUUCAAAACUGAUCUGAGACAUAAGAUUGAGUUCGCUAAAACGCAUAAGAAAAAUCUCACUCCAGCAGAUUUGGAAACCUACCUUAAUUUAGCACAUGAAGCAACAAAAGCCUUUCAGAAAGCUCAAGACCUGGCGAAGACUGAUGAUGUGCCAGACUUUGAAGAUCUUUACACAAAGAGGAAACGGACUACUUACAAUACUUCUGGUUACAUUGGCGAAGUGGAUAUUGCUAUGAUAGUCUGUGAUAUUCUCAGUGAAGUACCAUUCUUCCAUGUAAAUGAUCCAAUGUGUCACAUCCACAUGUUAAAAUUCCUCAAAGGCAGCAUGCCACUCGGCAAUAUUCGCGGUAUUCAUGAUGAAUUGAGUGACAGAUUCCUGGAAGUGCUCAAGAAAUAUGAAGGAUUCCUUGUGAACCUAAAGCCAGGAGUUAAACAAGCUUUUGAAUUUUUCGAGAACUACUUUGUACACCUGAAAGACAGGAAUGUUGAUAGAGAAAUGGAAAGCAGGACCAAGAAGAAAAUUUCGGAAAGCUUUAAGAAAUAUGUCAGUCUGUUCUGUACCUCAGAUAUUGAGAAGCACAGUGAGAGGAUAAGCAAACCGAAACUCAGUUUACAGCAAGAUAUUGAGGAAAAGAAAAUCUUUUUGGAACAGCACAAAGCAGACUGCUUUUCUGGGCUUCUCCACUGUACAGAUAAAGAGAGUGCAGAAAUAAUGCAGGAAAUAACCAAGAGUUACAAGUUUAUUUAUGAGAACUCAAGCACCAAGACUGUCAGAGACCAAACAAACUACAUAUUGGCCAACAUUAACCUCAAAUGUAAAACUUCAGCACAAGAUAAGAAGAACAAGCUAUACAUAGAACUGUCAAAAAUUCUGAAGAGUUUACUGCAAGAUAUUGGAACACAACAUGGAUUUCCAGAGCCGUAUUACUUAGCUCUGCUGCUUUUCUGGCCUGAAAAAGACAGUGUGGAGGAUAAUUGUAAAAAUAUUAGUACUUAUGUGAUGUCCUUAAACAAGUCCUUCAAAAGACAGUACUCCCACAUGCUGUCAACAAAAAGUACAAUAGCUCAUUUCUAUCUCGGGAAAGGGUCAGGACUGAAUCGUCUUGUUCACAAAACCAAAAUUGACCAAUGCUUGGGUUUUGGCGAAAAAUUAAACUCUCUGUGGAAAAGCGGAGCUGUGUGGAAGGAAAAGUCUGUGCAAGAUCUUUUGCUUCGUGUCAAUGGCACCACAGAGCAGGGCCAAGUCUACAUCCAGUAUGGCAGCAUAAAAAUCCCAGUGCGUGCUGCCUAUCUUGGAGGCAUAAGAAGUGGCUACAGUAAGGAGAAAGUGUCCUUUUACCUGGGAUUCUCAAUAGAUGGGCCAAUAGCCUGUGACAUAGAAAGUAAGAGCUACUCUUAAAGCCUGAGUUGGACUGAAACAGGCUGCCGAACACAAGGAAGAAAACACAAAAGCAAAUCUAUAAUCUUUGCUGUCACACGAAAGUGUUAUUUCCAUAUGAUUAUCCUGCAAAAGAAAUGUAUAUAGUAUAGCUGGUGCAUUGCUUGACUCCACAACAUUGAAACCUAAACGAGACUGGGCAAUUUAAUCAAGCCUAACUUUUUGUACUUAAGAACAACUGGCUUUGUUUGGCAUUCAUUUGUCUCCUUUAGAGGAGUUAAGAUAAUGUGAAGACAUGUGCUCUGUAAAUAAUAAUAAACAUGUACAGUACUCUGUAAAUAAUUAUUUGAAACAUUAUUGUAUGGAUUGUAUGGAUUUUUAACAAAGCUUGUUCUGCAAGUUGUAUAUACAAAACCCAUUUACUUUUCAGAACUAUUAUCCAAGAAACUAUAACUGUGAAUUCCAAUCUGAUAUUACAAAAUAUCUUUACACAACUCAUUAUAAUCUUAAUUUGUUAUAUUAUCCUCAGUAAAUGGAAUCUUUAUUCUUUCUGAAAAAAUGAGUACAGUAAAAAAAAUUCAUUUUAUUUUCUUUCA